AAAAGGAAAGCGAUCUUAAUUGGACCUGAGAAAGGUCCGGUCCUCUCUCCGAAGAUUUCUAUUUUCUAAUCGAAAUCCAGAAUUUUUCCCAGGGCUGCUUUUUUGGGUGGGGAUCUAGCAAACGAUUGGGAAGAAGAGAUUGAAUUAAGGAAGCAAAGAUGAUGAAUCGGCUAUUUGGGAAGCCCAAGCAUGAGGGUAAUGCUCUCCAGACAUUAGACAAGCUCAACGAGACACUUGAGAUGCUAGAGAAGAAGGAGAAAGUGCUCCUGAAGAAGGCUGGACAAGAGGUUGAGAAGGCCAAAGAGUACACUCGUGCUAAAAACAAACGCGCGGCUAUACAGUGUUUGAAAAGGAAGAGGUUGUAUGAGCAACAAGUCGAACAGCUUGGCAACUUCCAGCUCCGUAUUCAUGACCAAAUGAUUAUGUUAGAAGGCGCAAAAGCAACAACAGAGACUGUUGAAGCGUUGAGGAGUGGAGCUUCUGCUAUGAAAGCCAUGCAGAAAGCUACAAACAUUGAUGAUGUGGACAAGACCAUGGACGAGAUCAAUGAGCAGACAGAGAACAUGAAACAGAUCCAAGAAGCAUUGUCUACUCCAAUUGGGGCAGCUGCUGACUUCGAUGAGGAUGAGCUUGAAGCAGAGCUUGAAGAGCUAGAAGGUGCAGAGCUUGAAGAACAACUUCUUCAGCCGACACCAAUGCCUUCAGUUCCAGGGCGUCAACCUGUCCGUCCUGCUGCUCCUAAGCGGACAGCUGAGGAAGAAGAACUCGCUGCGUUACAGGCUGAGAUGGCCCUCUAAGGUUAUGGACUUGGUCGAGCAGAUCUGUGCAUGCAUUGAUGGUAAACAAGAACAUGCGAUGUAUAUAUAUAAAAGGAUCACGUCAAAAUUAAACUGGAGCUUAACUUUAAGAAUCAUCGUCGUCUUGAAUGUUUUCAACAUUUGACUUGUUUACGUAUUUUUAUAUUUUAUCUUUUCGUAAUUUUUGAAUCGUUUGUUACACGUUGUUUUUCGAUAAUGUGCUGCGUUACUACUUUGUCCUUUGAA